AAAACAUGAUCCGCUACACGGGCAGCCCGGACAGCUUGCGCUCCCGGACGCCCAUGAUCACGCCCGACCUGGAGAGCGGGGUCAAGAUGUGGCACCUGGUCAAGAACCACGAACACGGAGACCAGAAGGAAGGCGACCGAGGGAGCAAGAUGGUGUCAGAGAUCUAUCUGACCAGGCUACUGGCCACCAAGGGCACAUUACAGAAGUUCGUCGAUGACCUCUUUGAGACCAUCUUCAGCACCGCCCACCGUGGUAGCGCCCUCCCGCUGGCCAUCAAGUACAUGUUUGACUUCUUGGACGAGCAGGCGGACAAGCACAACAUCCACGACCCCCACGUCCGGCACACCUGGAAGAGCAACUGCUUGCCGUUGAGGUUUUGGGUCAACAUGAUCAAAAACCCACAGUUUGUCUUCGACAUCCACAAGAACAGCAUCACGGACGCCUGCCUCUCAGUGGUGGCCCAGACCUUCAUGGACUCCUGCUCAACCUCGGAGCACCGUCUGGGCAAAGACUCCCCUUCCAAUAAGCUCCUCUACGCCAAGGACAUCCCCAGUUACAAGAACUGGGUGGAGAGGUACUAUUCAGAUAUCGGCAAGAUGCCAGCGAUCAGUGACCAGGAUAUGAACGCCUACCUGGCCGAGCAAUCUCGCAUGCACAUGAAUGAAUUCAACACCAUGAGCGCGCUCUCUGAAAUCUACUCCUACGUGGGCAAGUACAGUGAAGAGAUCCUCGGUGCCCUCGAUCAAGACGACCAGGCUGGCAAGCAAAAACUGGCCUACAAACUUGAACAAGUUAUAACCCUCAUGAGCAUAGACAGCUGAGAACCGCCAUUCCAGGGGACUCCCUGGGAGGGGUUGCAAGAAAGAAAGGAAGGAAGGAAGAAAGAAAGAAAAAAAAAACCAAGCCGUGCCUCAGUCCAGAACAUCCUCUUUACCAAGUGCAAGUUUCCGAUUGGCCGUCGAGCUGAGCCGCCCGAACCGUUCUCGAUUCCUCUCCGGCUCGCUCGCCAAACCUGUGGACACCGACAAGCAACAAGGCCUCAAGGAUUCGAGGGAUGUCUCCUGUGGAGGAAUCCCCAGAUGUGGAGGAGGAGCUCCCUCGUCCGCCGACUCCCCUUCUGCCUUCAU